AUGAAGUCCCUUUCCAUCCUCUCCGUGGCCAUCGCCGCGCUGGUCUCCAACGUCUCCGCCGCCGGUGUCCAAGGCACCGCUGAGGGUUUCGCCGCCGAAGUCACCGGCGGAGGCAACGCCGAGGGCGCCUACCCCAAGUCCACCGACGAGCUGGUCUCCAUGCUCGGUGACAGCACCACCCGCGUCAUCUUCCUCGACCAGGAGUUCGACUUCACCGGUACCGAGGGAACCGCCUCCGAGCAGGGCUGCGCUCCUUGGGGUACUGGUGCUGGUUGCCAGCUUGCUAUCAACAAGGAUGACUGGUGCAACAACUACCAAGCCGAGAGCCCCAAGGCUGAUGUUACCUACGAUAAGGCUGGCCUGAACCCUAUCACUGUCAACUCUGACAAGUCCAUUGUUGGUAUCGGUGCCAACGGUGUUAUCAAGGGUAAGGGUCUGUACAUCAAGGGGGCCAAGAACAUCAUCAUUCAGAACAUCCACAUCACUGAGCUUAACCCUCAGUACGUUUGGGGUGGUGAUGCCAUUCAAAUUGAUGGCUCUGAUCUUAUCUGGAUUGACCACGUUACUACCUCCAACAUCGGCCGCCAGCACAUUGUCCUUGGAACCAGCGCUACCAACCGUGUCUCCAUCACCAACAACCACAUCAACGGUGAAAGCCAGUGGUCUGCUACUUGUGACGGUCACCAGUACUGGUCCAUGUACUUCACCGGCUCCAGCGACAUGGUCACCCUGAAGAACAACUACAUCUACAAGACCUCUGGCCGUGCCCCCAAGGUUUCCGGCAACACCGUCCUCCACGCCGUCAACAACUACUGGCAGGGUAACUCCGGCCACGCCUUCGAGACCAGCGACCAGGCCAAGAUCCUCGCCGAGGGUAACCUCUUCCAGGACGUCAAGGCCGCCAUUGAGGAGGGUUCCACCGGUGCCAUUUUCGCCGCCCCCGAUGCUUCCGCCAACGCUGCCUGCUCCAACGGUGUCGGUCACGUCUGCGAGGUUAACAAGUACGACAACUCUGGUUCUAUCUCCGGUUCCGACUCUAGCUUCUUCAGCACCUUCGGCGGUAAGGGCGCUGAGGCUAAGCCUGCUUCUGACCUUACUGGUCUUGCUUCCAGCGCUGGUUUCGGUACUAUCUGA